CUGGGAGGGAUGAGAGCGGUGGUGUGGAGGGGAGAGGAUGUGAAGAAGCAUCAAGGCUACGGUACGCCAGCACUUCUGUACUGCAUGCGGCUGCUAGGCUUCUACUCUUCGUUGCACCCUGCUCUCCCUCUCCUGCUCUCCCUCUCCUGCUCUCCCUCUCCUGCUCUCCCUCUCCUGCUCUCCCUCUCCUGCUCUCCCUCUCCUGCCCUCCCUCUCCCGCCCUCCCUCUCCUGCUCUCCCUCUCCUGCUCUCCCUCUCCUGCUCUCCCUCUCCUGCUCUCCCUCUCCUGCUCUCCCUCUCCCGCUCUUGCUAGCUUCCAUGUGGCCCUCCGUGACCCUUAGCCACCCUUAGCCACCCCUCAUCGUCUCAGCCACAGACCUAGGCACCCAUGAUACACAACCCAUAGCGACCUGGGCAGCUCCCCCGGCGGACCCACGGGUCGGCACUGGGUGCUGGACCCCAUCGACGGCACGCGGGGCUUCGUGGGCAUGCGGCAGUACGCGGUGUGCCUGGGCAUGCUGCAGGACGGAGAGGUGGUUCUAGGCGUCCUCGGCUGCCCCAACCUGCCACAAGGCCCCGUUAGCGACGAGGACGGACGCUCCGGAGCCGCCGCGCGCGCUGUAGGGCAGAGCCACGUGGGCUGCCUCUUCUCCGCGCUCCGAAACCAUGGAGCCUACGUGGCGCCGCUGUGGGACGAGCGCGAGGAGGCUGCCGUACGGAUCCACGUGUCGGACCUGUCGGAUGCUUCCGCGGCUCGCUUCAUGGAGUCAGUGGAUAGCCGCCACUCCAGCCAUGACACCUCCGCAGCCAUGGCCCGGGAGCUGGGUGUGGUGCUGCCCCCCCUCCGCAUGGACUCCCAGGUGAAGUACGGGCUGCUCAGUCGCGGCUGCGGCUCCAUCUUCAUGCGCUUCCCGCCGCCCUCCUACCGCGAGAAGAUCUGGGACCACGCAGCGGGCUUUGUUAUUGUGGAGGAGGCGGGCGGGCGGGUCACGGACGCGGGCGGCACGCGGCUGGACUUCUCCCGCGGGCGCUACCUGCAGUUGGAUCGGGGCAUCAUAGCUGCGCCGCCGGUGCUGCAUGAGCAGCUGCUCAGGGCGGCGGCCAAGGUGGCGCCGCCGGCAGCAGCAGCAGCGGCAACAGCGGCGCCUGUGGGGUUGUAGGGAAGUGGCGAAAGGGGGCCCGCGUGGCGGCCAAGGUGGCAGGGGUGUGUGUGUAUUUUGGAUGGACGGGUGGAAGCGCAGCGGGAGCGGUUGGAGUAAGGAGUAGGGAGGGGAAGAGUGGGGAUUGGGGCAGGAGGGUGAUUGCUUUAGCUGUUAGGUGUUAGGCUUGAGACACGUUUUACGGCUUGGGUAAAGGAGGGGGACGCCGCGUUUGGCGGGUGGCUACGUGAGCGUUGGAGUGAGAGGACAGCGGGGGGAAACAGCAUGAUUGGAGGUGACCAACAAGUCAGGUGCGUACUCGGGUGUCUUGGUUGGCUACUUGGAGGGCUGCUGCAGCCGGUGUGGCCUUACGCCUUGGCCUUGCUGUUAUGUUUGCAAGUCGUUGAUUGGGCCUACGGUGCACGCUGUGGGCAAUUCCGAAUACCAUGGAACCUUGUGGCCCGUACGAGAGGGUUGGUCGGGCCGAAACACCGAUAUAGUGUGCGUGUUUUGGGAAGCAGCACAAUCUGGUCGUGUUACGGUAGGUGUUAUUAACACCCAUCUAAUCGUAAAGGAGGGCUACGGUGUAGCACCGGUAUACAGCAUGUCCCCAACGGCAUGCGACUUUACCUGCAUACGGUGUUUUGCGACUUACAGAGUGAGCGAUUGCGCGAGUGUUAGCGAAGGGUGUCAAGGGUGUAUGGCUGCGUAUGUACCGGGAAAGGCGCUGCUCUUUGGGCAUAAUUUUGAGCGUGUGUCGCUCCAUGCGGUUCAGCUGCGUCGACCAUUGUGCAGUACGAAUUGCGUCGGCAAGCUGUCAUGGGCUGAGUGGACUGGAAAGUGACACUGACACAUCUGAACAGGUCUGUUAACAGAGCUGCGCUCAUGGCGGCGCAGCGCUACUCUGCACAGGCGCAUGCAUGCUUGUCGAAUGGUGUGUGAACUCACGGCCGGA